AUGCACCAUGCCAAUGGUGAUCCCGAUGUCCUGAUUCUUCUGGGAGAAGAUAGCUCGGUGGAUAAUGAGAAGAGGGUGCGGAGGAAGAUUGACUGUGUGAUUCUGCCGAUGAUGUGCAUCGUUUAUUUCUUGCAAUACCUCGAUAAACUAAGCCUGGGAUAUGCAGCUGUCUUUGGCCUCAUUGAAGAUCUCGGCUUGCAAGGGUCGCAGUACUCUUGGUGUACUUCGAUAUUUUACUUUGGACAACUGGUCGCGGAAGGACCUUUUAUCUAUCUUAUGGGUAGACUUCCAUUGACACGGUUCAUUGCGGUUACUAUCGUUCUAUGGGGCGCAGUAUGCAUGUGUCUAGCAGCUCCAACGAACUUUGCCGGGUUCGCGGCCGUCCGAGUACUCCUAGGUGUUACAGAGGGUGCUGUAUCGCCCGCAUUUGUAACCAUCACAAGCAUCUGGUACAAGAAAGAAGACCACGCCCUCAGAGUCGGCAUCUGGGGCGGCAUGAACCCUCUAGCCCAGGUCAUCGGUAGUCUGCUCAUGUACGGGAUUGGAAAGAUACAUCAUCCGAGCAUUGAACCGUGGAGGGUUCUGUUUCUGCUAUGCGGGGCGUUGACUUCUGUAUUCGGUGUGGUAUUUUACAUCGCGAUGCCAUCGACGCCGCACAAGGCCUGGUUCCUGACACCCCGGGAACGGCAGAUUGUCCUCGAACGGAUGGAACGGGAUAGAGAGGGCGGAGACAAGGUCAAGUUCUCGUGGGCGCAAGUGAGAGAGACGCUGUUUGAUACUAAGGCGUGGUUCAUUUUGCUCUUCGGGUUCAUCGCCAGCAUGCCCGGUGCGGUCAUCUUCUUCGGCACAAUCCUCAUCAACGGCCUAAAUUACGACAAAUUCCAGACCAUGCUCCUAACCGCUCCCUCCGGCGCAAUCUCCCUGGGAAUGCUCUGUGUCGCCAUGAUCGGCUGCUCUGUCCUCCCCAAAUACCGCUGCCUAGUCCUGAUCCUAGUGACGAUUGUCCCGCUAGUCGGCAACAUCCUCCUCCUCAAGCUCCCCCUUUCUGCAACAUGGGGCCUUGUUGCAUCCUCGUGGCUGGCAUCGUGCAACCCUGGAAUCCUAGUCAUGAUCAUGAGUCUCAGUGCAUCGAAUAUAAAGGGCAAUACGAAACGUGCAAUGGUGAAUACGUAUUUCUUUAUCGGGCUUUGUGUGGGGUGUAUUGCUGGUCCGCAGCUGUGGGAACCUAGCGCUGCGCCUAGGUUUUUUAGCGGAGUGACGAUGGGGCUUUCGUGUUGGUGUGUGUUUAUCUUUCUGGUAGGCUUGUAUUGGGGAUUUUGCUAUUUGGAAAAUAGGAAACGGGAUAGGGAACAGGGUGUGCAUUCGGGAACUGAGACUUAUGCUGGAGAAGACUUGACGGACAAGGAGGAUGUUCUGUUUCGGUAUAGUUAUUGA